UCAUUCAAAACAGAAAACAGGUCUGAAUUGAAGCUUUUGUACAUCUUUUGAAUAUCUUGUUGUGUUUCUGUCGAAGUACUUCGAUCCAAAGAAGAUGCCAAGUGGGACGCUUGAAGUUCUUCUUGAAAAUGCCAAAGGCCUUGAAGACCAAAAUUGGCUCACUAGUAUGAAUCCAUAUGUGGUCAUCACCUGUCGGACUCAAGAGAAGGAAAGUAGUAUUGCAUCAGGUGAAGGAUCUGAACCUGAGUGGAAUGAGACCUUUAUUUUCACCAUCGGUCAUGACACUGAAGAGAUCACCCUCAAGAUUAUGGACAAUGAUACUUUCAGUUCGGAUGAUUUUGUUGGAGAAGCAACAAUUCCCUUACAUGAAGUGCUACGCGAAGGAGAGGUGCCAACACGCUCUUACAAUGUUGUCAAGGAUGAAGAGUAUUGUGGAGAGAUAAAACUUGGACUCACUUUCACAGCUGGGUCGGGUUCUGGUAGAGGCAGUGAUGAUGAAGAAUAUGGUGGACGUAGAAAAUCACGUGCAAGAGGAUCUGAUGAAGAAGAAGAAUAUGGUGGACGUCGACAUUCACGUGAUCACUCCAGAGGAUCUGAUGAAGAUAACUCUGGUAGACCUAGAAAGUCACGUGAUCAUGACUAUAGUGGAAGUGAUGAAGAUAAGUACGGUGGACAUAGACGAUCACGUGUUCACGAUAAAGGAGGUGAUGAAGAAGACAACUAUGGUGGAUAUAGAGAAUCACGUGAUGAAGACGAUUAAUCCCAGGAGUUUUGAGUUUAUAAUUUAGGAGCUCGUUUGGUUACCUCUAUUGCAGGAAAUAAUCCUUUAAUAAAUUUGGCAAUAGUUGUGCAUUAUUGUUUGAUCGGAUUUUAUGUUUAAGAUUUUGUAAUGUACGCUUUAGUCACACGAUAAA